GGGUGGCUGAUGGGGAGUCGAGGUGGAGAGAAGGACGGGGAUCCUGAUGCUGUAGUGGCCAGGAAUCAGGCACAGACCCAAGAGCCUCAGCAGGAGACUGUGAGUUCUCCACAAACAGCACUUUGUCUAGCUUUGCCUUUGCUGCUGCUGAGUUUGCUUGGACACAUCCUGGUGAACCUGCUGCUCACAGGCAGCUGCUUUGUGCCUGGUGACAUGGCUUCUCCCUCUCUUGAGAACUCACUGGGCUGAUGAGACCCUCAUCUGGCAGCCACAGCACGAAGCUGUGGGUGGGGAGCAUCAGACUGGAGAGGUGCUGUGAGCUGAGCCUCUCCAGGAACAAUUUUGACUGCUCAUGGUUUAUACCACUAGAGAACAGCACUUGAGGAUGAUGCAAAGCUUUUUUUACAGUGGUGAAACUAUCACAACCCAGAGGCUGGAUGACUUGGAAAACUAAAAUACCAACAAGGACAAUGACAUAAAUAUGUUGUUGGUUGGGGAUCAAUGAGCUGGCCAUACCAAUAUGUCAGUAACUACUUGUAAGCAUCCACCAGGGAGCAGCCCCAAGAAAGGCAAAAGCAGUCCCUGGAAAGCCAGAAGCAUGUGAUGUAUUCUGACUGUACACUGGCACAGAAUUAUUCUCAAGGGGUGGCUUGUGGUGUGCAGACAGACAAUGCAGAAAUACUCCGGAAGCUGCUCUAAGAUGACCUGGAAAGCGGAAAGGAGAAAUAUGUUUGCCCAAGACAGCAAUUCAAGGUACUAAUAUCAGGACCUUUAAGCUCAUUGAUCAACUUGUCUGAGCUUUUCUGGUAAAUAGGCUGCUGUGGGGAGCCCAAGAGCAGCCCCUGGGACGCAGGCACCUGCAACCACAGAGCAGCCACAAAGCCAGCAGGUCACAGGGUCACAGUGCCACGUUUUCUCGGAAUUGCUGACUGAGAAGAACUAUGGAAGACAAGAGAAUUACCAUGAUUCAGAGUGAAACGCUUUAUAAUAAUCGCAAAAGUGCCUGCAAACCACUGCCCUCACCUCUCCAACAACUGCUGUUAGGGCUGUUCUGUCCCAGGGCUCGGGCAGUGUGACAACAGACGCCACUCCUGCUCCAAUCCCAGCAGAGAUGGCACUGUGGAAGGCAGAGGGAAGACCUCAGGACCUUCCAGGGCAAUGGGUCCCCUCCAAGCACAGUCUGUUGGGUGAGGAGGGCCAACAGGCAUUGCCCAGUGGGACACCAGGCAACGGGAGGUAAAGCAAAGGAAAAACCCAAAGCUAUCCCAUCACCAGGGGAACUGCUGCAGGGAUCCAUGGCAGACAAGCCUUUCACCUCCUGCAGGAUUAUUGCAGGCUCCUCUGGCAGCAGGAGGUGUACAAGCCACACCGACGGUGAUGACAGAGGAAGCGCUGCCCUGCGCUCAGGAGGAGCAGCGUUGCUGCUCUCACAGCCAGCAGCAAUUGGUGAUCAGAGGACACCUCUCUGGUCAUGUGUAAGGAGCACUGCUCGUCGUGCCUGCACAGCGCUCCACGGCUGGGCUGGAGGAACUCACUCUCUCCAAGGACAGCAGGAGAACAGGACCUGUACAUUUUGCUACUCCCAAAAUGAACCGCAGCAGCUGCAAUAUCACAGCCUAUGAAAUAUUUUCACUUGUCCAGCUGUGUGUUUACAUCCCAGUUUUGGUUUUGGGCAUUGUGCUGAACGUGUUGGCGCUGUGGGUGUUCUGUUGCAAACUCGGCAAAUGGACAGAAACCAGAGUAUACAUGGUCAACUUGGCUGUGGCUGACUGCUUGCUGCUCUUCACCUUGCCAUUUAAAACUCUGUCCCAGUUCCAGCACCUGAAGGUCGACGGGUGGUGCCUGGUUCUGGAAGGUUGCUAUUUCAUAAAUCGCUUUAUAAGCAUCAGUAUCAUCACCAUCAUCGCCACUGACAGGUACCUUGCAAUCAAAUACCCCUUGAGGUCCAAGGCACUGAGGUCGCCGCUGAAGGCAGCUUUUGUCUCUGGUUUGCUUUGGAUGGUCAUCAUCUGUGAGACUUCCCUCAUUAAAAGGUUUGAGGACCGAAGAGAAGAUGAGUUUUGCUUUGAGAAAUCUUCUGUGACGCCCUCAGUGAUCACACUGUGUACCAUUAUCACGGGGUUUUUCAUACCGCUGCUCAUCCUGAGUUACUGCUCCAUACAAAUCAUUGCAGAGCUCAGGAGGAAGAAGAACGAAAACAAUCACAAUGCAAAGCUAACCAGGAAAGCUGUCUACAUUGUGUCUGCAAACAUGGCUGUGUUCAUCAUAUGCUUUUUACCUCUUUACCUCGGGCAUCUCCUCCGCUUCAUCGUGGACUCCGUCAGCUCCGACUGCUCGGCAAUACAGAGCAUUAACAACUUUGUUCACUUCGCCUCCAUCCUCGCCAACACCAACUGCUGCCUGGAUGCCAUCUGUUACUACUUUGUCAACAAGGAAUUUAAGGAAGCAUCUUCCAAGCUAGCAAAGUCCAAAUCUGAGGCCAGUGAAGAAGCUAAAAUUCAUCUCCCACACAUAACACAUUAACACAAAACACGUACAGCACGUAUUUUAUGUUUGCCCUCUUCAACUGGGGCUCGCUAGCAGGGUUUCACACUUGAUUUUUUAGAAGAGUGGGAUGGAGGGACAUUCUACUAAUGGGAAGCAUUCAGAUACACGAUUCAGCUCUGAAUCAGACAAACACAGCAGUCCAGAUCCUGACCUAAUGAUCUCGCUUGCCGCUGACAAUUCUCUGCCUUAAUGCAAAUUUGCAUAAAAUGAUAGAUUUCCCCUGCCAAAAAUCCCCUAUCUUUCAUUUUCCCUUGAAACCCAAAAGAAGCAUAGGCUGUGUAAUGGUAAAGGAUUGGGUUUUGUCUCUCAUCCCCGCUUUGGAUCAGUGUUUGUGCAGCUGUGGCUAAGAAACAGGCUAUUCCAAAUAUCAACAAAUUUAAAAAAAUCAGAGUGAAAUCAUGCAGAAAAAGAAAGGAUGGUGUUUCUAGAAGUCACAAACAUACUGGUUUUUAGUUGCUAAUAAUGCACAAUCCCAUAACAGGCAUUUUUAGCUUGCUUUAAAGAACUUUACAGCAAUGUAACAGCUACAGAAAGGUCACCAUUACAAAACAAGGUCAGAAGAAAUUGCAAUUGUUUGUACUGGGGAAAAAGUUUUCAUCAAAAAUGUUUGAGUCAAAUGGCAUUAAAAUUAAAUAAAAAAGUUGGUGCAGGGCAGUGGGAACGAGGACUCUGUAUUAGGACUAUAUUCUACCUUUUAAUGUAAAGGAUUGUCUAAAAAAAGUGGUAGCCAAGCUGUUCCAAAGAAAUCAACCUAAAUAAAGUUGUGCCACUGGCAUGGAA